GUGCUUUUUUCAUAUAUCGUUGAAAAAAGUGUUUAAAUGCACAAAAUGUAAUUAAUAUAUAGUACAUAUAAAUGAAUAAACGAGAAUUUUUUACGUUAAAAUAAUCAGUGAAAUAUUUACAAGUAUAUAGUUGAACUUGCAGUAAUAAGUCUGAACUAAUUGUAGAAAGAUAAGCUUAUCAGUUGAGUUCUCAGUGUAAAGUACAAUGAAUACUUCAGAAUACAAGAAAUAUCAUGAGUCCUUCAUGCAGAAUAACCAUGGUUCAACGGCAGUCCACACCUGUGCCUGUAUAUUCUUCACUGUGCAAUGCGCCGCCUAUUUAGCCAUCAAAUCAAGAUUUCCGCGAUGCUGUCAAUUCGCCUAUGAAUAUAUGGUCAUGGUACUACCCAUGAUCAUAGCACACACCUUACUAGCGGAAUAUAUAUACGUAUUAAACCUUAUAAUCUUUACUAUAUUAUUAAGCAAUCUCUUGUUGUAUCACCAAAAUGUAGUAAAAAAAUUCAUGCAAAAAAAUGUAUUUCCAAACAAUAGAGUAGCUUUGAUAUCUUGUCUCAGGGGACUAACAUACCUUAUUACGGGAUUGUGUAUAUUAGCCGUUGACUUCCAAGAUUUCCCUAGAUAUUUAGCCAAAACAGAAAGAUUUGGGUUCAGUUUAAUGGAUACUGGAGUAGGCUUAUUUGUUAUUAUGAGUGGAGUUGUACAUAAAGACUUACGGUCUCAAAAACUUGUAGAAAUUGUGAAGGGGAAUUUGAAAAUAAUAUCUAUAUUAGUAAUACUGGGUGUAGGCAGGUAUGUGUCUGUUAAACAACUGAAUUAUCAAGAACAUGUCACCGAGUAUGGUGUGCAUUGGAACUUUUUCUUCACAAUAGCUGUUUGUAAAGUUCUUUCAACUAUUGUAUUAUAUUUUUCUAACAAUGCAGUGUUACUUUGUAUUCUAUCAUUAGUUGUUCAUGAACUUGCACUGUACAUUGGUCUACAGGACUGGGUGUUUGGCGACACUCCUAGAAAUUCUCUUAUAUCAGCAAAUCGAGAAGGAAUUUCCUCCUGUUUAGGAUAUGUUUCCAUCUAUUUAUUCGGUGUUUGUAUAAAAAAUAUAUUACUAGACAAAAAUGUUACAAAAUUAAACACACAAAUAAAGUUAGUAUUAGGAACAGUAUUAAUGUGGUUUUUAACAUGUUUUAUACAUAUGAUUCGACCAGCGUCAAGGACUUUAGCAAACGCUGGUUAUUCCAUUUACAUAGAUACUCUUUUGAUAACUAUGUCUGCGUUUUUAUAUUUUAUUACUGUAUUAGUUGAGAGCAAAGAAAAUGGUUUCAAAGUGCCUGUAAUUUUAUCUCCCAUAAAUACUAAUGGAUUAUCAUAUUUUCUGAUAGCCAACCUGUUAACAGGAGCCGUGAACUUGUCAAUGAGAACUUUGUUAGUGCCUAGUUAUGUUACUUUUAUGAUUUUAAAUAUUCAUAUGAUAGUAUCUUCAACUGUUGUAGUUUAUCUAAAAGCAUUGGGUUUAAAAAUAUAAUUAGAUUAGCUUCUGCGGUUCUGCCAGCGGCAAACGCGUUCUCAUUGGUAAAAAGUGUGCAUGUGUUAACUCGUCGAGUACCGGUUUUGUAGACACAAUUAUAGAACAAUAGGUUGCGGUCACCGGUGACCGCUUGGUGUU